UUUAAACUUCCUCCAAAUUUGCCUGAUAAUCCUUCAGUCUUUUUUUCUGAACAAUCGAGCCAAGUUACAAUUGGGUUAUCAAUGGUUACAGAUAAUCUAAAUAAAAAUUAUGAUCGAAUUUUUGAAGAACUGCUUUUGGAAAAGAAAAAUAAAUUUGAUAUUAGUGAUAUUCAUCAAAAGGUUAUUGAAACC